AUGGAGCUACGUAAACGGGAAUUACGAGCUCCGUUUCCCAUAUUCGUCGCCAUGACGUUGUUCCUCCUCCAGCUCUGUGCCGGGACGUCCCAAAUUAAUCACAGCGAGUCGUCUACACAAAUACAAACCUCCGUUAACACUCCAUCAGCGCCAAACAGUCGAUUUCUGUCGUCAUCAGCACUGUCGUUAACCGGAAAACAUUCCUCCUUCAGGUGGUGGAGUAGAAGACGACAUCGUUACAGAGUAAGCAGAGAGAGCAUUGAGUUUCUAUUCGCACAUAACCUCGUACGAGCGCGCGUGGGAGAACCUCCGUUACAAUGGGAUGGAAGAUUAGCGGCGUAUGCACGCGCAUGGGCGAGACAGCGCGUCGGGGAUUGCAGGCUUGUUCACUCCAAUGGUCCGUUCGGAGAAAACAUAUUUUGGGCUGGACAGACUAACUGGAAGCCCAUGGAUGUCGUUAAAGUGUGGGCCGAUGAGAAUAAGUUCUACGACGUUAAUGGUAACACGUGUGAGCCGGGGCAAAUGUGUGGACAUUACACUCAGAUCGUGUGGAGAGAUAGCACCAAGGUUGGGUGCGCACGUGUGAAUUGUUCAGACGGCGGCUUUUAUGCCAUUUGUGUUUAUAACCCACCCGGUAAUUUUGAAGGUGAAAACCCGUUUGUAAGUUAUCACGACGACAUUGCCCUUCUCCGGGAAGAUCCACCGGCGGUUGUCGUUAAUCCAUUUUAA